AUGUCAGACGUCGAAGCCGAGCAGAAGCGCGAGGAGGAUGAGCGUCUUGAUACCGCAGAAGACCCAAAUGAGGAGGAAGAAAUCUCUGCCAUGAGGCGCCGCGUUCAGGAGAUGGAGGAAGAGGCACAGAAGCUGCGCCAAAUGCAGCAAGCCAUCGACAAUGAACGGCACGAGAUGCGCGAAAGCAAAGAGGACGUUGAUGCGCGGAGCGUCUUUGUCGGCAACGUAGACUAUGGAGCCAGUCCCGAAGAGAUUCAGGCGCAUUUUCAGAGCAUUGGUAGCAUCAACCGUGUCACUAUUUUGCUCGACAAGUUCACAGGACAUCCUAAAGGGUAUGCUUAUGUGGAGUUCACAGAACCCCAUUUGGUCAAUGAGGCCUUGGUCCUUGACAACAGUCAGUUCCGGAAUCGCAACUUGAAGGUUGUACCCAAGCGAACGAACCUCCCAGGUAUGACACGAGGCGGACGUGGUGGCCGAGGUGGCGGCCGUGGUGGCUACGGCGGACGUGGCUCGCCAUACGGACGCGGCGGAUUUAAUAGUUACGGCGCUCCUCCUCGAGGAGGUGGUUAUCGAGGUGGAUACCGCGGAGGAAGAGGAGGUUCCGCCUACCGUCCUUACUAG